AUGAUUAAGCCGAAGAAGUCUUCACGUGAACUCUGGAAUCAAUUUGGUUUACGCAAUCAUAUUAAACAAGCCUUUGAAGAAAAGGAAACUACUUGGGGUUAGAUCGUUGAUUCCAAUAAGAAGAAUCUAGUAAUUCAUUAAACUAUAUUCAGAGCCAAAGAUCAAUCUCAGAAUACACAAUCACCCAAAAAUUAAAAGAACAACACAAUUCCUUCAUCAAAAAUAAGGAGAAACCUAAUACCAAGACUUUUUUAGAAGAUUAAAUUGAAAAAGGAAUUUAGGAUAAAGAUGAAUGGCUGCAAUUGGCAUCAAUAAAUGAAAGAUCUCAUCUUUCACCUAUAACCAAAAGGAACUCUAAUGAUCAAACCUUUUCUCCCAUCAAUAGAUAGAAAAAUGAGGAAUAAUAAGUCAGCUUGCAAUAAUCAUUCCAUGUGUAAAUAGAAAAGACUAAUAUUUGCAAACUACCAGGUCAUGAAAAUAAUCAAUAUAAGUUUAUAUGUGUAGAUAAUGAUUGUCCAUAUAAGUUGCAAAAAGCAUGUGCACAUUGUGUUAUUAAAAUGCAUACCAAACAUGUUAGUCAGAUGAAAGAAAUUGAGAAUUACGAACUUUUAAUUGAAGAAAAUAUGAAAAAAGCUGAAGAAUUGAUGAAUUAAAGUUAAGAAUUAUUUAAAGCAAUCUAAAAGCCAUAUGAAAAUUACUUUCAUCAAAUUAAAAACUAAAUUAUAGCUCUUAUUAAUGAACUUCAAUAAAAAAUGUUGUAAAUUAACAAGGACUAGAUCCAAAAGCUGAUAAACAAUGACAUAGAAGUUGUUUAGAAUUUUAAUUCAAAGUUUGAAGCCUAUAAAUUAAUGAAUUAAUUGAUCCCUAAUGAAAUUAUCGAAGAAUAUACACAUGUUAUUAAUGGAAUAUCUGAAAAGAUUAAACUCAACAUCAAUUUUGAUAUUAUUAAUAAAUAAGUGGAAUCUUUUGUCCUGUCAAUCUUCAGUCCGAAAAAACAAAAAGAAAAUAAAGAAUAAAGUGACGAUACUGAACUAUUGCAACAAUUUAUUUCUAGUAAUAGAGAUACAAAUAAAGAAUCAAUUCUAAAACCAAACCAAUCAAUGACUUGCUGUUCGCAUCAGUCCCCUUUACAGACAAAAAAGUAAUUGCAAACCAAACUUGUUAUGGGAUCUGCGUCUCCUUUGAAUGUUUUCAAUCGUUAGAUUAAUGGAAGGCAAGUUACCAAAAUUAUCUAAACACAACCAAUAAUUUACUAUCGAACAAACAGCUGA